GCGAUCUGGGCUAUCCGUAUUCCAGUAGUCAUCUUGACAAUCGCACAGAACAGAGGCGGGGAUAUAUAUAGCACACAGCUGCAACGGACACCCUCAGAUCCUUUUCAACCAUUAUCUCUAUUAUCAUCAUUCCUUUAUCCAUCUGGGAUCUUUCCUUCCAUUCACUUUCUUAUAUCCUGUCGUCCACCGACUAAGCACAAAUACGCCGACAAAUACCUUUAUAUCAAACAGGUCUUCAACGCAACUGUAUUUUGCACAUAUACAUACUCAAAUCCUGACUACCCACAUGUUUCGACUUGUUAACAGGCGACUUGCGGCCAACCGCGAGUUGGAAAGUCUCAAGCAAGAGUUUAACCAGUGCUCGCUACCCAUCGAGUUCGUCUACAGGAUUAUCGUCUCCUGUGUGGACGAGAUCAUGGAGCGUGGACUCAAUCAUCCGUUCAUCCUCAAAAACCCGUACCCACCUUCGGUGGUAUCAGCAAUGAUCACUUUGAUGGCCGAUCCAGAGCGUAGGAAUCUGUUUUCGCUCAAGUGUAUGAGAAUCGACACGGUAGCGGGAGUGAUGUUGGCGGUUCUCAAGAACCUUCGAGAGGCAAUCGUACCCUUGGAGAUCCAGGAUGAAUUGACCUCUGGCUCGUCCACACCAACCUCUGGUUCCCAGAGCGUAAACAAGAUCAACACUGUCACUUCGCUUCUCAAUCAUCCCAACUUCCCUGCCGUGAAUAGAGCCCUAUUGAUGGAGCUCUUGAAUCUCUCGCUCGCGGUUCUCAAUCGAUCCAGUUUCAAUCGUGUCAAGCCCGAUAUGCUGGCAUCUAUUCUCGGUCCUCACAUCUUCGCGACACAGCACGCAACCAUUCUGCAACACACACCCCAACAGGCCUAUUCCUUUGGAUGGGGCAUCGCCCUGGUGAAUGACAUCAAGCGCUGCUCAAAAAUGUUUUACGUGUUGCUGGGCGGAUACAGGCGCAAAAUCCUUGGCCCGGAUGAGUGGGAGUAUGACCAGGGGUUGAACUCGGUGGCUCCAACGGCUUUUGGUAUCCCUGCUUCUGGAGUGCCUUUGUCAGGUUCUCUGUCCAGAGGUCAAGUUAAUCAAUGGAUCGGAUCUACACCAACGCUUCACGGCGGCAUGGGCGGCGACGUGCCUGACCCCUACGACAAUCAUAACUCCUACCUUGGCGUGAAAAACGCGAGGAAGCUGCACCAGAGUGUACCGCAACUUUGUGUCGUCACCGAUAGCUCCGAUCCCCUUGGACCACGCAGUUCUCAGCCUCGUUACGGCAGGGCCCGUAGUGUGUCGACGACGCUAUCAGAGUCCAUCCGUGCGGCUGCAGCCAAGGAGGCCCAGCAAUGGAAUAUUAACCCCUCAUCCUGUAAGGGGCCUGCCGCGCUGCAGCACUUGAGGGAAACCCAGCACUGCAAACAGUACCAGGGUCCAGGUUUCUCGCGCGGCAGCAAUGGCAGCUGGUCGAGUCGCCAACAGCGUCAGCAGCAGCGGCAACAACAACCGCAGCAGCGGCUGCCGACGGUCGAACAACGACAGCAGGAACUCUUCCAGCAGCGGUUCCCUGACGAUGAUGAUAACGAUGUGGGCACCGACGAGCUGAGCGACGCAUUCCGUCGUCAUAAUAUUCAUAUCAGUGACGAUAACGUGUCGAAAGAGGAGGUGGAUGAAGAGGGAGGGUUUGGACUGGAUAGGGUGAAUGAUAUAGCUAAGCAGCGCGAGCAGAAGCGACUGGCGAUCGAGCAGAUGAUCCGGGAAUGCCGUGGGAUGGGGCUGGACUUUUCGCAGAGAGCGUAGGCCGGUUUAGCGUCUAGAAGGAUACGGGCUGGCAACGAUAACAAUAAAGCAC